GAUUUAGCCAUGAGCCCCCGAACCCGUGACAAUCAUGAGUGUUGGUUCUCCUACUUCUCUUGCUCGAGAGACCGAAGGCAUCUGAGCGGAGAAACAGCAGCAGAGUCUCCCACGACCAAGAAACGGUGCCACGACGCUUCAAUUUAAUUAUCCAAUUUUGGUGUAUGUCGUGUGACCACACUGACGGGAUGCCUCGUGGGGAAUUCAACAUUUACUUCGCCAGUAGACGCGGUGGCUUCGUCAGAGCUGAAGAAGCGGUAGGGGUUGCUCUGCUCGUCAUCAUCAUAGCAGCUCUCCUGAUCGUGACAUGCUGGUACUUCAGGAGACGAAAGGGCUAUCAAGUCCUCCGAAACCCCAGGUCUGGAUCCCCGGGGUACACAGGAGGUCAAUACAGCGACGCCUCUGCUGAUAACAAGAUGGCCCUUGUUGAAUGUGGCAGCAUGGGUCUCGUGGUCCCCAAUGCCCCUCCUGCCUACGAGAAGCUCACAGACGGACCUCUGCCUCCCCCCUACUCUCCCUGAUGGCCUCCAGCUUCUGAAAGCCGUUGUACAUCUAAACUGAAAUUACAUGUUUCAUUGACCCGAUUUCAUGGUACUAUUGCAUUGCUGCCUGGUUGAUAUGAUCAAGGCUACAAAUGAUCAAUUUUCUGUAUACGAAAUAUGGAAUACAUUAUCAAACGUCACAAUAUGGGCCUACUGCCAAAUCUUUUUCAAAGAACCAGCCUUAAAGGUGACAUAUUAUACCACCAGGCGUUAGCUGUUACAAGCCGUUUCGAAAAUUGGCCUCUUCUGACAUCUGACAAGUGGGCGUGUCCGCCUAGAUGUGUGCUGGAUAGAUCAGUCUACCAGUCUACCCAUGGGACUGUAGCAAAUGUUGCUCAUCUAUCCCUCAUACAUCUAGGUGGACACGCCCACUUGUGAUUUCAGAAGAGGCAGAUUUUCAAAACGGCUUGUAACGGCUAAACACACUCACACCUGGUGAUAUGUCACCUUUAACUGAAGCAAUCCACCAUACACUGGUAGGGAUACAAUUGCAUGGUUUAUUUUAAUGCAGAAAUGUCCUCAAAAAUGUAUUUACUAAAUAUUUCUGAAAAAUCUAUAUGGUAGAAAUAAAUAAAUGGAAGUCCAAAACACUGUUUAUAUGCUCCAA